GGUACCGGACUGAGGAAUCCCGCUCCGCCCCGGUACCGGACCGAGGGGUCCCGCUCCACCCCGGUACCGGACCGGGCGGUCCCGGCCAUGCCGCGGUCCCGCUGCCCGCUCCCGGCGCUGCCGAUCCUGCGCUGGCUCCCGCGCUAUUCCCUGGCCUGGCUGCCGCUGGACCUGCUGGCCGGGCUGGCCGUGGGACUGACCACCGUGCCCCAAGCGCUGGCCUACGCCGAGCUGGCCGGGCUGCCGCUGCAGUAUGGCCUCUAUUCCUCCUUCAUGGGCUGCUUCGUGUACUGCUUCCUGGGCACGGCCAAGGACGUGACCCUGGGUCCCACGGCCAUCAUGUCCCUGCUGGUGUCCUCGUACGCCUCCCACGAGCCCGUCCACGCCGUGCUCCUCGCCUUCCUCUCUGGCUGCAUCCAGCUGGCCAUGGGGCUCCUGCACCUCGGAUUCCUUCUGGAUUUCAUUUCCUUCCCUGUCAUUAAAGGGUUCACAUCAGCUGCUUCCAUCACCAUUAGCUUCAACCAGAUCAAGAACAUCCUGGGGCUGCAGGGGAUCCCGAGGCAAUUCUUCCUGCAGGUCUAUGAGACGCUGCGGAGGAUCGGGGAGACCAGGGCUGGGGACGCCGUGCUGGGGCUGAGCUGCCUGGCAGCGCUGGCAGGACUCCGGGCCGUGAGGAGCCAGGUGCCCCGAGCUGGCCCUGCGGAAUCACUGGCUGUCAGGAUCAGCCACCUCAUUGUCUGGAUCUCUGGCACGGCACGCAACGCUCUCGUUGUCCUGUUUGCUGGCCUGGUGGCUUACUCCUUCCAGGUGCUGGGCUCUCAGCCCUUCAGGCUCACGGGCAGCAUCCCCCAGGGCCUCCCACCCUUCCGGCCACCGCGCUUCUCCCUGGCGGCGCCCAACGGCACCGUCCCCUUCCAGAGCAUGGUGCAGGACAUGGGGGUCGGGCUGGCUGUGGUGCCGCUCAUGGGGCUGCUGGAGACCAUCGCCAUCGCCAAGGCGUUCGCCUCUCAGAAUGGUUACAGGAUUGACCCCAACCAGGAGCUGCUGGCUGUGGGCGUCGCCAAUGUCCUGGGCUCCUUCGUGUCCUCGUAUCCCAUCACGGGCAGCUUUGGCCGGACGGCGGUGAAUGCUCAGUCAGGGGUCUGCACCCCCGCGGGAGGGCUCGUCACAGGUGCCCUGGUCCUGCUGUCCCUGGCGUACCUCACCUCUCUGUUCUAUUACAUCCCCAAAGCGGCGCUGGCCGCUGUCAUCAUCUCGGCCGUGGUGCCCAUGUUCGACGCUGGAAUCUUCCGCACGCUCUGGCGGGUUAAGAAGCUGGACCUUGUGCCCCUCUGUGUGACAUUCCUGCUCUGCUUCUGGGAGGUUCAGUAUGGAAUCGUGGCUGGGGUGCUGGUUUCUGGGAUUCUGCUGCUCUACUCCAUUGCCAGGCCCCCCAUAAAGGUGUCGGAGGGGGCCGUGCUGCUGGUGCAGCCGGGGAGCAGCCUGCACUUCCCAGCCGUGGAGCACCUGCGGGACUGCGUGUGCAGCCGUGCCCUGGCAGCAUCUCCGCCACGCUCUGUGGUCCUGGACUGCUGCCACGUCAGCAGCAUUGAUUACACGGCGGUGCUGGGGCUGGCAGAGCUGCUGCAGGAGCUGCGCAGGCACGGCCUCUCGCUGGCCUUCUGUGGCCUGAAGGACUCUGUUCUCCAAGUCCUCCUGUCUGCAGACUUAGAAGGAUUCCAGCAUUUCCCCAGCUGGGAGGAGGCAGGGGGAGCAGAGCUGGGGGGCAGCAGGGCAGAGCCCUUCAGCAGCACUGCCGACAGCUCUGGGCUCAUCCAGUGAAACCAGGCUGGGCUGAACGUCCUGUGACACCCCGGUGACACCCAGUGACACCCAGUGACACCCAGUGACACCCAGUGACACCGACAGUCGCCGUGGGAGCCGCCUGCCCCAGCCAGGCCUGGGGGACAGAGCAGCACCAGCCCCACCCCACAUGGGCUGUGGGACAAAACUGUUCCCUGUCACGGUGACUGGUGCAAAGCCACCCUUCCUCCAGGGAGCUGCUGGCAUUUUUUAACACCUGUUUUAAUUCUGGACCUUCUCAUGUUCUGUGUCACUCCGAUGGUGACGCAGGGUGUGCUGUCCCUGGGACACUCAAAGCUGCCCCAGGGAAUGGGGGCUCAGCCUCCAGCUGCUGGGAGAGGGAAAACCUCUGCAUUGUGCUCCUUACUGAUUUUUAUCCUUACUUUUUUAUCCUUACCUUGUCUGUGUGGUGUUGUGCCAAACACUGCCCUGGGUCAGGGCUGGGCUGUCACCCUGGGCCCUGCCGAGGGGACAGGCACGGUGACACCCAGCUGUGCCCAGCUGUGGACGGGGACAGCGCCUGGUGGGGCUGGGCAGGGUUUCCCUGAAAUUGAAUUUCUCUGAACAGCCCUCGGCCAACAGCGAGGCUGUAAUAAAUCAGGAAUUGCUAAUGA